GACUUCCAUAUGUUCCACACGUAUCAGCUGACGGGCAGAGGAUCACGUGACGAUCACCUGCUUCCUGAUCUGACAAACGACCUAUUUCGCAGUGAGAGCUUACUACUAUGAGGCUGGUCAUUCUCGACGACUAUGAUCUGGCCAGUGAGUGGGCAGCUAAAUACAUCCGCAACAGAAUAGUCCAGUUUAAGCCCUCUGCUGACAGAUUCUUUACUCUGGGCUUACCGACAGGUAGCACUCCUUAUGGCUGUUACCAGAAGUUAAUUGAAUACUACAGACAUGGUGAUAUUUCAUUCAAAUAUGUGAAAACAUUUAACAUGGAUGAAUAUGUCGGUCUACCUCGUGCUCAUCCGGAGAGUUACCACUCCUACAUGUGGAACAAUUUCUUCAAGCACAUUGACAUUGAUCCAGCCAACGCUCACAUUCUUGAUGGAAAUGCACAGAACUUGGAGGAGGAGUGUCAGGCUUAUGAGCAGAAGAUCGCUGAAGCUGGAGGAAUCGAGUUGUUUGUUGGAGGUAUUGGUCCUGAUGGUCACAUAGCGUUCAACGAGCCUGGCUCCAGCCUGGUUUCCAGAACGAGAGUGAAAACCCUCGCAAAGGACACCAUUGUGGCAAAUGCUCGUUUCUUUGGCAACGACCUCUCCAAGGUUCCCACGAUGGCUCUGACUGUCGGUGUGGGAACUGUCAUGGAUGCCAAGGAGGUCAGAUUAAAGGGCCUUUUUUGUCCUGUUUACACACUUUACAUGCAAAAUAUUUGCACAAAUUUUACCUCUUAUGUGUGUAAAGGCCUUAAGAAAAGCCAGCACGGAGAAUUUUGA